AUGAACGGAAAACUAUCGUUGAUUGAUUUAAAGGAAAAUGAAAACCUACGGGAUAGUGGUGCGAUAACUCAAAAAGAAAUUGAAAAUGUAUUGGCGGAAUUACCUGAUAUCAAUUUAAGCAAGACGCACAUAAAUGAUCUUAUUUAUAAGACAUUUGUGAGGAAAUCAUUUUUGAAUUCUGAAGAAAAGUUAACAAAUACUAAUUUUCAAAGUAUAAAUAAUCCGUUUUAGAGUCUUUUUACUUUCAAUGGAGGAACUAUAUUGGCGCUCGAAGGAAAGGAAUGUGUAAUACUACUUUCUGAUUUAAGAUAUGGUGAGUUUGGCUAUAGCACGGUAGAAAUGAAUUUUUCUAAAAUCAACACCAUAACGCCCAAGAUUCUUCUGGGUUCAUGUGGAAUCAGCAUGCAUAUCGACAAAUUAUACCGCGAUAUCCGUAUGCACAAGAAUAUAUUUCAGCUGGAACAUACGUCAGAAAUAAAAAUUGAAAUGGCCGCUCAGCAUUUAGCCCAAUUGCUUUACAAAGCGAGAUUUAAUCCUUAUUACGUUUAUCCACUUUUAGCAGGUUUGACAUCUGAAAAUAGCCCCUCUAUUUAUUGUUACGAUUUAAUAGGGACGUUGCAAAAGGUAGAUGGGUUCGUAUCCUUUGGAUCUGGUUCUGAUCAAGUGACUGGAUUAUGCGAAACACUUUGGAAACCUAAUUUAUCGGCCGAUGAGUUGUUAAACGUGGGUUUAAAUUGUUUUAUCAAUGGAGUAAACCGAGAUUGUUUUUCAGGGUGGGGUGUUAUUGGACAUGUUCUCACCCCGACGUCGUCUCGUGUCGUUCACGUGAAAAUGAGAAUGGACUGA